CUACCACAAGUAGUCCUGCAAUAACAGCACCAUGAAAGGCGUCUGAAAGUGUGCAAACACGGAUGAGUGUUUUGCGAGUUGAGAUCCUAUAUCGCCAUCUGCCAUGCCAGUGGAGUGAAACUUCCAUCUAUUGACUAUCUGCAGCCAGUAUAAAUGGUAGUCCAAGCAGUUGGUCUUCCAUUACACCCGGAGUGAACAACUCCAGAUAAUUUUUCAAUACCAGUCAGGAAAAUGCUGCAAGAUUUAAGAAUGCCUACAGCUUACCUUCACGCAUCCAACCUGUGCAGUUGUUGUGGAAGGCCGACCAUCUGAAGGAUCCUCAAGCUCUUGCCAAAGCCUCGCAUCUGCUCCUGAAAUGUCUCUCUUUCAAGCUUUGGGUCCAGUGCAGACCUGGCUAGGACAAGAGUUGGAGAAAUGUGGGAUCGAUGCCAUGAUCUACACUCGCUAUGUCCUCAGUCUUCUGCUCCAUGACAGUUAUGACUACGACUUGCAGGAACAGGAAAAUGACAUCUUUUUGGGUUGGGAGAAAGGAACAUCCAAGAAAUGGGGAAAAGGAAAAAAGAAGUGUUCAGAUCUGAGUCUUGAGGAAAUGAAGAAACAGGCUGCUGUUCAGUGUCUGCGUUCUGCCUCUGAUGAAAGUUCUGGCAUUGAGACCUUAGUUGAAGAACUUUGCUCCAAAUUGAAAGAACUGCAGAAUAAGCAAAAAGAAGAGAAGCAAGGUAGUAAGAAAGCAGAAGGAUCUCAAUCUCCUGAAAUUAUAGGAUCUCCUUCCGCCAAGGAUCAGGUAGAAAUGUAUUAUGAAGCAUUUCCACCUCUUUCUGAAAAGCCAAUCUGUCUGCAAGAAAUCAUGACCGUGUGGAAUAAGACCAAAGCUUGUUCAUUUUCUGGUUCUUCUUCUUCAUCUGCUGCUCCACAAACAAGCACUGAUACAUCCUCUCCAAAAGAAUGCAACAGUGAAGGUGAAGGUACUAGAGAGCGAACAAAUGAGGCUUCCACUAUAACCAACAAUCGUACAUUCAGGAGAAGUAAAAAGGAAAAAGAAAAUAGGCACAAUAACAGCAUGCCAGAAGAAAAACCCGCAACAGGAAAGAAGAUCAGACACAGGUCAGAAGGAAAGAUCCGCCCUCGUUCAUGGUCCUCUGGCUCCAGUGAAGCAGGCUCAAGCUCAAGUGGCAACCAAUAUGAGUUAAAGGGUUCCACAAAAGCUGUCAAAGUCAGACAUAAGGUGAGAGAAACUUCUCGGAACAAAAAGGGGCGAAAUGGACAAGUUAGGCUAUCAUUGAAGUCUGUUGACAAAGAUGAUCGAAAAAGCACCUGUGGAAGCAGCAGCAGUGGACCUACUAAACAACUGUGCAAAAAAGGAAAAAAGUUUAUGAAAGAAACAAGAAGGAAAACAAAUGGCAACAGUGGUGCUAAAGAUCUUGGCAAUGAAAAUGGAAGGGAACAAGAAUUUAAAGAAGAACCAUUGUGGUACACUGAACCAAUUGCAGAAUAUUGGUUCCCUCCGAGUAGAAAAAGCAAGCUAGAAACUGCAUACCGGAAUAGUGUAGCUGCUAAUGAUAGUGAAUCUUUGACUUUGGAAGAGCUUUCGGAGACAAUGCAGGGUCUUUGUAUUAAUAACAAUAAUUUUCAAACAUACCUCGCUGCAGGUGCUUUCGUCGAUGGUCACUUUGUUGAAAUGCCUGCAUUAUUAGAUGAGGCUAAUGACCUCACUGGGACCUCAAGCUGUUCUAAUCCCAAGGACAGUGAUAUUUUAGAUGAUAUGCAUCUGUCAGAAUUUACUCACUUCUAUGAAGUAGAUAUUCAUCAAUCCAUAUUGGAUCCUAGUGCCUCAAAUUCAUUGCAAGGAGAGAGUCGAAUUUUAAGCAUGAUUCGACGGAAGAGUACAGAGCAAACUGAUUUUGAGGCAGACUGUUGUAUAGUAUUAGAUGGACUACAAUUGACGAGGGAAAGUGCAAUAUGGACAGAUUCACAACCUUCUCUUGGUGCAGAAGGAUUGCUCUUGCAUGAUCUUGCAAAUAUAGCUCAAUUCUGGGAGUGCUCUAGCUCUGAUGAAGCAGAGGGGGAAAGCUUCGCCGGGGAAUCCCCCAUUACUCUUUCUCCUAUUGUGGAUAAUACAGUGUGUGACGCAAGUAGUAGUACUGGCAAUCAAGAAGAACACUUUUCAGAAGCAAAUGAAGGGUCAAGUUUAAACUCCACUUGUUUUUCUCUGUUUGAAGUGCAAUAUGAUAACCCUGCUUCACCAUUCUGUUUUGAUGGGCUUAGCUUGGGAAAUCAGAAUAAUGAUAUUGGAGGCUGGGCAGAUUUGCCUGGGAAAGCACAGUCUCGUUUGCUUAUAUGGACCAAAAAUAGUGCCUUUGAUGAAAAUGACCACUGCUCAAAUCUUUCAACGCGAACGUGCAGCCCAUGGUCACAUUCUGAAGAAACACGUUCAGAUAAUGAAACCUCCUUUGGUAUUCAGAUGGAGGAGUCCACUAAAUUUAAUGCAGAUGAGAUUGAUUGCAUAGUCCCGGGCAUUUCAACCAGCCUUCUUGAUGAAGAUCUAUUAGAUUUGUUGCAUGAGGAGACUCAUUCACAAACAGAUGGAGCUUUACGAAACAUAACAAAUGUGGCUUUCAAGCAGAAAUCUAAGUUGGAGUCCGUUUGUGGGAUUCAGUUGGAAGAAGAAGAAAAUAAGGAGUAUGAAACAACUGUGGAAAUUUUCAAAGAACAGAUGGCCAGUCAUGGAGAUAGCUAUGACUCAGAAGUUAUAAAAGACAUUUGGACAGCCAUAGCUGAAAAUGAUGCUGUAACAACACUAGAUGUAGAGAAAUCAGAAGAAGAUUUCUUUCCUGGUGAAGUGAAUGGUUGCCAUUGCUGUUGUUUGGACAUGGCAACGAAACAAGACAUUCUACAAGAGCCUCAUGAAAAGGCAGUACAGAGGUCAGAAUAUCACUUAUGGGAGUGCCAGAAAGAAAACUUGGAGGCCCAGGCUAUUGCCACUGGGGAACUUGCAGAGAUAGAUGUUGGUGAUUACACUGCACCCUCUAAACCUUGGGAUAUUGGUGCUGACAAAGAAAGUGCUUUCAUUCUUGGUGGAGUCUAUGGAGAACUGAAAACCUUUGACAAUUGUGGGGACUGGGGAGUGGUUCCACCUGAUCCUGCAAAAGGUACUUUAUUGCAAUGUGCAUCUUCAGAUGUAGUGACAAUAGCAGGUACAGAUGUCUUCAUGACUCCAGGUAGUAACUUUGCUCCUGGCCAUAGACCAUUGUGGAGAUCUUGUGCUUCAUUCACACAGUGUGAUCAGAUGAGAAAAGGAGAAGACAAAUUAAAUACAGAGUUCUCUUUCAUCUUCCAUGAAGAUUUAUUAGGGAAUUGCAGUAAUUAUCAGAGUCAAGAGCCUGGUGUUGAGUAUUCAUUUUCCUCCUUUGACCUGAACAAUCCUUUCUCGCAAGUUCUUCAUGUGGAAUGUUCAUUUGAACCUGAAAGGCUUGCAACAUUUAGUCCAAGCUUUAAACCCAAAUCUAUACUGUGUUCAGACUCAGAAAGUGAAACGUUUCAUCCUAAAAUAUAUAGUAUUGACAAAACACAGUAUAGAGCUAUUCGAAUCUCACCGCGGACUCAUUUCCGACCUAUACCUGCCUCUGAACUUUCACCAGGCGGAGGAAGUGAAUCUGAAUUUGAAUCAGAAAAAGAGGAAGUUACCAUACCUAUUCUGUCUCAGACAGAUUUAUUUGAGGAUCCACAGGCUGAUUUAAAGCCAUUGGAAGAAGAUGCUGAGCGAGAAGGACAUUACUACGGAAAAUCAGAGCUGGAAUCGGGGAAAUUCCUGCCUAGAUUAAAAAAAGCUGGAAUGGAAAAGAGUGCUCAGACUUCAUUAGAUUCUCAUGAAGGGUCUGGUGGCCUUUUACUGUCAGAACAGCAGUGCCCAGAAUGCCAUUUACAGGCAUCAAUGGGAUGCACCAAUGUGAAUAGUUGCGAAAUAGAUUUUAAGUUGAAGGUACCAUGUGAUAAAUUGGAAAUGUUCCAGAAUCGUACAAUAAGCAGGAGCUUUUCUGGGUUUAGCGAGGGAACGUGUGUCACAGCAGCAUCACUACAAGAGGUUCCUUUUACAGACUUGACCCAACAAGGGAAGAGUGAGUGCAAGGAAGAACCAGAAUGGUGGCGAGAAACACUGUACCCACAGCCAUUUACUGGGAUCGAGUGUACAGAAUGCUACACUGAUGCCAGGGGAAAGGAUGGAAAUGAGUGUCCAGUUUUAAGAGGACAUUCACAAAAUGGAGAUUGUCUCCUACCAUUAGACCUGCAGACUACAGCAGCCUGCGAGGUGAAUUGCAGAGUAGAGCAUGACACUAGAGGGAGGUCAGCUGUCAUCCGCAGAAAGCUUUUCUCCAGCGACUGUUCAAGCUCGGAUGAAACCGCUUCAGAAGGCGGAAGUGACUGGGAUGACCCUCCAGAUGAAGAGCUUUUUUCUCGCACACAUCUUUAAUUCUGCUCAGCUGUUUCCAGCUGGGAAGCAACUACACUUUUAAUAAGUUCACAACUCUCUUGCUGAGAACUUAUUGCUCUUUGAAAAAAAACUUAAGUUUUCUUUUCGUUUAACUCCUUUAGAUAGGAUUUAUCUUUCUCUUCUUGUAGGUUUCACUGUUAGGCAUUGACUGCAAUACCAUGACAGAAAAACUAAUUACCAAUAAUAGUUUAUCGAAACCUUGGCUUUUUCAACUAGUAUAGGUUGUGUUUGUCAAAGAAUGAUUGUGCAUGUGUCUAUCUUACUAGCAUCAAUGCUUAUUUUGCUGAUUAAUUACGACCGCUUCCAUUACUAUUGUAGAACUACUGUUCUCAUUAGGACUACUCUGUCAACUACAACUUCUGCUAUUCAGAGGCUCUUAGCAUAUGGCACAGUUAUAAUGCUUUGUUGUAAAAGAAUUGGGAGAUAAACACUUCAAGUAAACUUUUCACAUAACUAGAUCAGUGCCUUUCUGAAUGCAGGACAACAGCAUGGAUGAAUAGACUUAAAUCAUCAAAUUGAAACCUGUUAUCUCACUUCAAAGUAGGAACGACAAGGUUGUGCUUUAGAAUCAGAAUAACUAUAAAUACAUUUUUUUUCUGAAUGAUUCUAAAUAUGUUUUCAUAAAAUUGAGAUAAAUUUAGUGAGUAUGGCUUGUGAAAUGCUAACUGUGAAUGCCCAGGAUUUUGAGGUUGUGGGAAAGGUUUCAGUGUGAGGGAUUGGGUUGAUGUAACAGAUUCUUACACUGACUUUAGGCAUCGAUAUUAAACAGAAGAGUGAUAAAUCUGUAUGCUACAGUUGUGUGAGGAAUCCUGAGCAAAUUACAGUUAAUCCAUGUUGUGGCUGUGAUUUUAUAGAUCUUAGCAGAAUUCAUUUUGUGUUAUGGAAGGGUGUGAGGAACCAUUCUGACAUUUUACCUGUGCUGACUGCAAGAACCAAGUGUAGACUUAAAACAUAAGAAUCUCAUUAACAUGUGUGACUGCAGUAAUGGUUGUUUCUUCAUGUGACUUACUUUGAGGUUUUUUUUUCCUUAUUUUUUUUAACACUGGUGUCAUAAACAUCACUUUGACAUCAGAAUAUAAUUGUUGAAUAUCUGUCACACCCUUGUGCUGUGAAUCUGCAAAAUAAAAAAAAGCCAAGGGAACAAUAUUCUGGUCACCAGGUACACAGCCAGCCAAGAGUUUUUCAACUUAAUGACUGGCUACCUGGAUCCCAUGACAGUGAUCGCUGGUUACAAUGGAGAUCAAAAAUUCAAGUUAAGUUUUCCUGAACUUUAAUUUGUAUUAGGAACAGAGUAACCACAGAACUUAUCAUGGUGAUAAUUGAUAUUAUAAUAAAAAAGUGGAAGGAUUGAAUUGAAUUAUCUUAGGGAUAAAUUCAGCAUCCAUAACUUUAGAGCUGCAACAUUUUUUUUUGUACAUAUGAGCCAAUUGUAAAACUAAAAGAAAAAUAAUAGUUUGCACGUAAGUUUGUCAGAGAUGGCUACUAUUGCUCAGUGAAAUAGUUUUAACUAUUAAAAUUUUAAACUUUACAAAGCAUUUAUCAGGGCCCUUUCUGUGAAAUUUUUUUUGAUUGAGGGUUAUUUUAAUAGCAACACAGUUUAUGUAAACGAGCAAAAACAAAUGCUGCAGCUUUAAGAAAUUCAUAACCAUUAUGUUUAAAAAGGGUUAUAGAAUUUUUGAAUGGCCAUGGAUGUUAACAAGAGCAGAAAAUUGAAAGCCUUCUGUAAAUCAUAUAUGCUUAAGUUAUGAUUUCUUUUUAGAGCUGCUUAAACAGACAAAGGAGGACUAUGUCAGGUGAUGCAUGAGCUUGUCAAAAAGUAUUAUAUUGUUAUGUCAUCUUUGGAAAGAGGAAAAGGCCUGAGAAGUGGAUUGGGGAAUAAUGAAAUGUUUACACAUGUCACCUGAAGUAGUUUCCAUACUUAUUAUUUAAAAAAAAACUUAAAAGCAGCACUCAAUUGGGAUAGUUUGAGAAAUGUGAUUUCAAGUUUCUUAUGGUCAGGUUUUCAACUGAGUGAUUUAUCGAGGAAAUGUAGGGAAGGGUGUUUUAUUUGUCAUCUACUACAAGCAGGUUGAAAAGAGAACAUAGAACACAUUGUAGAGUAGUACACACCAUAGUACUGAAACCUGAGUUCCCCAUUUCUCAGUUGUUAGCCUUUUUCUAAUUUUUGCUUAAAGUGGUUGUAUUGUUCUCUGAUUUCAUGUACACCAGAGUAACUGAUUUUGUUUCAUUGUGGAAUUACUUUACACCUAAAUAAAGACUCAAAAGUAAAAUUUA